AGUCGAGGCGUCGCGGAGCAUUUAUGCUCGCAUUGCUGCCCUUUCGGCGCGUCUCUCGCGGACGCGAAGCGGAAGAGUAGGAGAGAGAGAGAGAGAGGGGUAUCUCUCGAUUCUCCUCUCUCACGCCAUCGGUUGCUUCGUCUCGGCCUCCUCCCUCCGUCCUCGGCCUUCCGAAUGGUGUAUAUAAUGCGGAUUUAGGGUUUUCCCGGUCGAUUGCUUUAAUCGUGAUGGGAGUCUCGGAGAAGGCGCCGGAUUCAGUCGUCUGAUGUGAAAUAGAAGCCAGAUCCGGCGUCUCGGUGACUGUCGGCUUGCGUCGCAGGAGAUAGGAGGGGAUCCGCGAGUUUUACUCGUGAACGAUCGAAAUGGAGAACUGCCCGGUGAGAGUUAAUACCAUUGGACAACUAUACACAGAUUGCGUGUCUGAUAGGAAAUCAAGGUUUUGGCAAAUUGAUAACCAACCAAAUCUCAGGUCUGACGCCAUUUGUCCUCAACCUCGUCGAGCUGUAAAAGUUCCCUAUUUGAUUCAUACCUUCAAUGGUGUCAUUUCUAAGCCAAAGGGCAUUUUGCCUAUGCACAGAGUGGAUUGUGCUCCAGAGAUUCUUGAUCUUAUCCUGAGCCAGAAUGACCCAUACAAUGAGCCAGACUCCAGCAACCAAGUGGGUUUCAUCUGCGGCUCUCCUCCUGUACGCACAAGCAAUCCAGUUGUCCAUGAUGUACAGUUUGCCAAACAAGCCCAGUCCUCAGCUUCUUCUCCACUUGGAAACUCUCCUCGCAUGAAGCACGCUGGAAUAGUUGAAACAGGGUCUCCGACCUGUGGGUCUUCUCGUGGAGGGAGCCCUAAAGCAAGAAUUGAGGGAUUCGCCUGUGGGAGCUCCGAGAAGCAACAUGUUGCCCCGGCGCUAGCAUGAUCUCCCAUCAUUAACUCUGACCCUAAUGCAUGUACUGGUCUUGCCUAGUAAACCUGGCUGUUUAAGAUGCUGAAAAUGCCAGUUUUAAGCAGAGUUAGUCCUGUAAAUACAUGAGGUAUUGUCCAUAAUCAGUCUGUAUAGCAUCCAAGAUAUGUCCAAGCUGGGAACUGACACUACUUGGCCUAAUCAGUCAGACGUGUCUUUGUAAAGUGUAGGUCUUUUUUUGUGUCAACUCUUUUGAGUUGCAGAUGCAUAAAUCAUCAACUAUUUUGUUUCUCAUC